CAAAACUCUGGCGGUAAUCGCGCCUGGGAGGCUCGCUGAGUGGUUGUGCGCGUUUGUCGUCGCGGCGCCAUGGCGGCGGAAAAGAAGCGGCUUUCUGUGAAGGAGGCUUUUCGGCUAGCGCAGCAGCCACACCAGAACCAGGCGAAGCUGGUGGUGGCGUUGAGCCGCACGUAUGGCGCGAUGGAUGAUAAAACAGCUUUUCAGGAGGAGUUUGUUCAUUACCUUAAAUAUGCCAUGGUGGUAUAUAAACGUGAACCUGCUGUGGAGAGGGUCGUCGACUUCGCUGCCAAGUUUGCUACUUCAUUUCACCAGUCUGAUCAGGAAGAAGAGGAGGAAGAGGAAGAUGGUGGCAUUUUAAAUUAUUUGUUCACUUUUCUAUUAAAGUCUCAUGAAGCAAACAGCAGUGCAGUCAGAUUUAGAGUAUGCCAGCUCAUUAAUAAGCUUCUGGGGAGUAUGCCAGAAAAUGCCCAAAUUGAUGACGACUUGUUUGAUAAAAUUAAUGAAGCCAUGCUUAUUAGAUUGAAAGAUAAGAUUCCAAAUGUGAGAAUACAAGCGGUUUUGGCUCUCUCUCGACUCCAAGAUCCCAAGGAUGAUGACUGCCCAGUAGUUGAUGCAUAUGUUACUAUGAUAGAAAAUGAUUCAAAUUCAGAAGUUAGACGUGCAGUGUUAUCCUGUAUUGCACCAUCAGCAAAGACUUUGCCAAAAAUUGUGGGGCGUACAAAGGAUGUAAAAGAGGCUGUCAGAAAGCUGGCUUAUCAGGUGUUAGCCGAAAAAGUUCAUAUAAGAGCUAUGUCCAUUGCUCAGAGAGUACUGCUUCUUCAACAAGGUCUUAAUGACAGGUCAGAUGCUGUGAGACAAGCAGUGCAGAAGCAUCUUCUCCAAGGCUGGCUGCGCUUCACCGAAGGAAAUAUCUUGGAGUUACUUCAUCGGUUAGAUGUGGAAAAUUCUUUUGAUGUGGCAGUCUCUGUUCUUAAUUCCUUAUUCUCAGUGACUCCUCUCAGUGAACUGAUCGGAAUCUGUAAAAACAGUGAUGACAGGAAGUUGAUUCCAGCGGAAACAUUAACUCCUGAACUUGCUUUGUAUUGGCGUACCCUCUGUGAAUAUUUAAAAUCAAAAGGAGAUGAAGGUGAAGAGUUUUUAGAGCAAAUUUUGCCAGAGCCUGUAGUAUAUGCAGAGUAUUUACUGAGUUACAUCCAGAGCUUCCCAGUAGUUAAUGAAGAACAGAGAGGUGAUUUUACCUACAUUGGAAAUUUGAUGACAAGAGAAUUUAUAUGUCAGCAAUUGAUUCUAAUUAUAAAAUCUCUGGAUACCAGUGAAGAAGGAGGAAGGAAACGACUGCUGGCUAUUUUGCAGGAGACUCUUAUACUGCCUACAACCCCAAUUUCCUUAGUUACUUUUAUUGUUGAGAUACUCCUCCACAUCAUCUUAGAUGAUAAUAAAAGGAUACAGAUUGUCACAGAAAUUAUUUCAGAGAUUCGUGCACCCAUCGUUACUGUUCAUGUUGAUCCAUCUGAUACUAGAAAGAAGGAACUCAAGAUGGCUGAAAUAAAAGUUAAGCUUAUUGAGGCUAAGGAAGCUUUGGAAAAUUGCAUUGCUGUACAGGAUUUUGACCAGGCAUCAAAAUUAAAAGAAGAGAUAAAAACUUUGGAAGAUGCCAAAAUAAACCUGCUAAAAGAGACAGAGCAACUUGAAAUUAAAGAAGUUCACACAGAAAAGAAUGAUGCUGAAACAUUACAGAAGUGUCUUAUUUUGUGCUAUGAAUUGUUGAAGCAGAUAUCCAUUUCAACUGGAAUUGGUGCAACCAUGAAUGGGAUCAUUGAAUCUUUGAUUCUUCCUGGAAUAAUAAGUGUUCAUCCUGUAGUAAGAAAUCUGGCUGUUUUGUGCUUGGGAUGCUGUGGACUACAGAGUCAGGAUUUUGCAAGUAAACACUUCAUGUUAUUCUUACAGGUUUUGCAGAUUGAUGACGUCACAAUAAAAAUCAGUGCUUUAAAGGCAAUCUUUGACCAACUGAUGACAUUUGGGAUUGAACCAUUUAAAACUAAGAAGGCUAAGACCGUCCAGUGUGAAGGUGCAGAAAUAAACAGUGGUGAUGAAGAAGAAGCAGAAGAUGCUGAAGAGACCGCCACAGCUAAGAAUGUCCUCAAACUCCUCACUGACUUCUUAGAUAGCGAGGUGUCUGAACUCAGGACAGGAGCUGCAGAAGGAUUAGCCAAGCUGAUGUUCUCUGGGCUUCUGGUCAGCAGCAGGAUUCUUUCUCGCCUUAUUUUGUUAUGGUAUAAUCCCGUGACUGAAGAGGAUGUCCGACUUCGGCAUUGUCUAGGCGUGUUUUUUCCCAUGUUUGCUUUUGCAAACAGGACUAAUCAAGAAUGCUUUGAAGAAGCCUUUUUUCCAACUCUGCAAACACUGGCCAGUGCCCCAGCGUCAUCUCCUUUAGCUGAAGUAGAUGUCACAAAUGUUGCUGAGUUGCUCAUUGAUUUGACAAGACCAAGCAGAUUGAAUCCUCAGGGGAAGAAUUCCCAAGAUUAUCAGGCCUUAACAGUACAUGACAACUUGGCUAUAAAAAUUUGUAAUGAGAUCCUCACAAGUCCAUGCACACCAGAAAAUCGGGUUUAUACAAAAGCUUUGAGUUCUAUAGAACUCAGUAGCAAUGUUACAAAAGAUCUCCUGCUUCUAUUGGAUGAGAUUCUGGAGCAAGUAACAGAUAGAACAUGUUUGAGAGCUUUGGAGAAAAUUAAGAAUCAGUUAGAAAAAGGGAGUAAAGAACUGGACCCAGUUGUAGCAGCUCAGGACCAAGCACAGGAUAUCAACACGACUACAGCUCUUCAGAAUGAAGAUGAAGCAUAUAUGACUCCUCUGAGGGAUGUAAAAGGAGCUCAAACAUCAAAAUCCACACAACGAAAGACUAACACAGGACGGAAAAAAGCGCCACUUUCAUCUAGGACUAACAGGAGGCGUCAGGCUCCUGAGACUGACUCUGAAAGUGAUCAUGGUGUUCCAGAACCACCGUCAGAAGUGAAGAUGAGAUUACCAAGACGAGCCAAAACAGCAGCACUAAUGAAAAGUAAACUUAGUCUUGCCCAGUUUCUUAAUGAAGAUCCAAGCUAAGACAGCUGUUGAGGAUGGAGGCCUUUGAAGUUGUGCUUAUUUCUUUGCUUUAACAGUUACUGUGGUGAUCCAUCUGCAUAAAUACAUGCUUGUUUUUAUUAGACUGUUACGUGGACCUAGGAACCUACUUUUAAAUAGGUUCUCUAGGUGAACCUUAUGAAACUAUGACAUUUGGAAAGAUUUGUAAUAAGCCCAGUAGCUUAUAUUUGAGAAGCUUAGAUAGAAUAGAUCUAACAUACGUGACAGUGUCAGACACCAAACAAAUGGCAUUUGAAGGGUGAAGUAUGUACGUAUAGCUUUAAAGAACUGCCUAUUACCAUUGAGGACUGGUAUAGUGAACCAAAGCAUUCCUUAGUUACAUUAAACAAUGGCUUUGAAAAUUGUAGGAUUCCUAUACUAAGUAUUUAUUUUAUAAUCUUACCUCAAUGGGUAAUUUUCUCUUCCUAAAGCUUUCCAUAUAGGAACCCUUGUUUAUGAAUGUUUCUGGGAGAUGUCCACACACAUUAAUCAUGAAGAUACAUUGGUUUUUGGCACAUCAAAAUAUAAUCUACCUGGAAUAAUAAGCAAUACUAAUGGGAAAUGAAAAUUAUAAGAAGUCACCUUUAUGUACUGAUUUAUGAGCAGUUUUUUGCUAUCAAUUUCAAUUAUCUUUUAAAAUUGUUACUUAUGAAACAAAUGUUUUGAAAAUUACAAUAUAUAAAAGUAGUCCUUUAUUUCUGCCAUAUCCAAUGAAAUACUUUUUAUUAUUCCUGGUAAUGACCUUUUCUCUUUAUUUCAGAUAAAAAUGUCUAAUAUGAAUUUUUCAUAAAUUGUGCUUCUUUAAAUUUAUUUGCCAGAGGCUAUUUAUUUCAGCUGAUGUUCUGAGAUGGAGUGAAGGGAAUAUUGCUGGUUUUCAGAACCAAAAGGCUAUUCUCUGUAUAUAAUAUGUGCUUUAUAGAACUCAGAAAAGGAGUCAAAGUUACAAAGCGAGAAUGCUCAUUAAGUAAAAGAAAAAGGCAUAUAUGUUAAUGAUAUAAACUAAUGAAAAACACUGUUGUUCUUCA